GGAAGCAACAACAGUCCAAGAUGCAAACAGUGCAAUUGCAGAGGCAGCCGAUAGUCUCAGCAUUAUAGGUGCCUUAAGACAUGUGUCCAGCCUGCAGGAGAAGGACCCUUGUACAGUCAGCUGCAGACUUCUUCGUCAAUGGAAGAUUGGCGACUGCCCUGGACCAGUUUGCUGAGGGGUUAAAAACCCUUGGUUUACUGGAGGAGCUGAGGAAGAAUCCAGCAGUGUUCUACAACAUGUUUGUCAGUGAGGAGAUUCCACUACAGGCAAAGGACCUGUGCACUUUAUUUGAUGUGGACUUCUCUGUGCAGGGCAGCAACAGCAGAUACGGAGAAAACCCAACAAUAUGCUUUUGCCGUGAUUGGUUAAUUGAAAUUGAAGGUAUUGAACACAUUUUAAUUCAUAAGAACAAUUAUUAG